UUCAAGGGACAGCCAAUGAGUCCUGAUGUUGCUGCAGAUGGAUCAUCUUUUUUGUAAGAUCUUUAUGAUCAAAUACACAAAGCAAGGGCUCUAGAAGACUGCUACUAAUAAUGUGAGAGAAGAUGGGGGACUGGAACUUGUUGGGGAGCAUCUUAGAAGAAGUUCACAUUCAUUCGACCAUUGUGGGGAAAAUCUGGCUCACCAUCCUCUUUAUCUUCCGGAUGCUUGUACUUGGCGUUGCAGCAGAGGAUGUUUGGGACGAUGAGCAAAGUGAGUUUGUCUGCAACACAGAGCAGCCAGGCUGCAAGACUGUCUGCUAUGACCAGGCUUUCCCUAUCUCCCUCAUACGCUACUGGGUCCUGCAGAUCAUCUUUGUGUCCUCUCCCUCACUGGUCUACAUGGGCCAUGCUCUGUAUCGCCUGAGAACCCUUGAAAAAGAAAGGCACAGAAAGAAGGCCUGCCUGAAGGCAGAGCUGGAGGGGGCAGAUACUGACCAGGAGGACCACAAGAGAAUCGAGCGUGAGCUCAGGAAGUUAGACGAACAGAAGAAAGUCAGGAAAGCUCCACUCAGAGGAUCAUUGCUGCGCACAUAUGUUUUUCAUAUCCUGACCAGGUCUGUGGUGGAGGUGGGUUUCAUCAUUGGUCAGUGUGCUCUUUUUGGCAUUGGAUUAUCUCCUCUGUACAAGUGUGAGAGACUGCCGUGCCCCAACAGUGUUGACUGUUUUGUGUCAAGGCCUACAGAGAAAAAUAUUUUCAUGGUGUUCAUGCUCGUCAUUGCCGGAGUGUCUUUAUUUCUCAACCUUCUGGAGAUUUUCCAUCUGGGUGUGAAGAAGAUCAAGCAAAUCCUUUAUGGAUACAAAUAUGGAGAUGAUGACAGUGUCUGCAGGUCAAAGAAAAAUUCUAUAGUGCAACAGAUUUGUGUUCUCACUAACUCCUCACCACAAAGGCUGAUCCAGCUGACUCAAGUUACCAGUCCUGUUUCAUCAGAUCCUUACAAGGAUGCUCAAAGAGAUGUACUUCCUUGUAACUUGGUUCCAGCAGGUUGCCAGAACACAGAAGGCAUGGACAUCUCACAGCAGCAUCCUGCACAGACGUUCCGGCCGAGCCAAGGUGACAUCCAGCAUUUGAGGCAACUGGGGGCUGUGGAGCGGCAGCACACUCUGGAGAAUAGAAAACCGUCCUUCAGCAGCGAUGAGUCAAAUGGACCUCAUUGCUCUGGCAAGCCUCACUAUGCAGGACCACGAGCAACGCUGGUGGCCAGCCAUAUUGAGAUCCCAGCUGCCCUGAGGAUCCCUCAGAGGAAGCAGAGUAAAGUCAGUGUCUGCAAGGAACUCAGCGACAUGAGUGAUUCUCCAGAGAGCGACCACUAUCCCACAGCCAGGAAAUGCAGCUUUAUGUCUCGAGGACUGUCAGAGGCCAAGCUCGCCAGUCCGUCUGACAGCGACRCCUCUCAGAGUGGAACAGAUACCGAGGCCCAGCACUUCAACCAGGGGGAAAGCCCAGUGAUGACCCCACCACCCCCCGCCUCUGGGAGGAGGAUGUCCAUGAGCAUGAUUCUGGAGUUGUCUUCAAUCAUGAAGAAGUGAACCAGAAACAUCCACGUUGGCAUGAGGCCAGAGGCAUCGAGGACUUCUGUAGACAUAAACACUCACAUUAUGUUUCACCUCAUUUCUAGUUUCAGUGUAACUUUCACCAUCUGAUGGUAUUCACUCAUACAUUUAGAGUUUCUGUGUUUAGGUUUGUGGAUCCAAUCACUGGUUCAUUUGKGUCAAUUCAUGCAUGGCUGGACAUAAAGUGAGUCUYAACAUCUUAUAUAGCAGUGUUUCUCAACCCUGGUCCUCACCGCCCCCCUGCUCUGUAUGUUUUAGAUGUGCCUCUAUUGCAGAACAGCKGAUUCAAAUGAUUGUGUGACCAUCAAGUACUGCAGAAGCCUGUUAAUCACCCAGAGAUAMAAUUCAGGUGUGUGACAGAAGGGAAAUACCUAAAACAUGCAGGUCAGCGGGGCGGUGAGGAUCAGGGUUGAGAAACACUGUUAUAUAGCAAAGAUGUUGGGUUAACCCAACAUCCUGCAAUGACAGAGAAAUACAAUAAAAUUCUUUUGACAACAUUUUUAGAUGUUUCAUGUGCAGUACAGGCUUCUAACUUAUUCUUAUAUUUUUUGUUCUUUUUACAGAGAGGGGACAUUAUCACCAGCUACUGACUCUGUGCAUUCAGUCCAGUGUUUCCCAACCCUGGUCCUCAAGGCACAUUGCCCUGCAUGUUUUAGGUGUUUCCUUGCUUCGGCACAGGUGAUUUCAAUUAGCAGGUGUUUGCUGAACUGCAAUCAGGUGAAUGAGGUGCAUUAAAGCAGGGACAUUUCUAAAACAUGCAGGGCAGUGUGCCUUGAGGACCAAGGUUGGGAAACACUCAACCUUAACUUCAUAGUACUGAACAACUUAUUGUUGUAUCAUUAAAUUAGUUUUAUUUGUCAGGUUUUAGAAAACAUUAACCAGCAUAAGGUGUGUUACAAGAUUUAGCURAUAUACUGUAUGCUUUAGUUAUUUUYUUUAGGUAAGUGGGAAUGUCCUUCUAACUUAAUACAAAUAUGUAUAUCAUAAUCKAAUCUCAGUACCUCUGGGGCUCUAUGACGCCUCAGAGGUUCAGAGAAUAUUUGGGAGCAAACAGCAUCAUGAAGUCCUGUAAACCUACCAUGACAAGGCCAUCCACCUUAACGUCCAGCUGAACAAGGAGCGCUCUAAUCAGAGAUGCAACCAAGAGGCCCUUAGUGACUCUGGACCAAAUAAUCCACAGCUCAGAGGGGGGAUCUGUCCACAGGAAAGCUAAUAGUCAUCACUGUACAAAUAUGACCUAUAUGGAAGAAAACCAACAUUAAAAUCAAACAAUAAGAAGUCCCAUUUGCCAUGUUGGAUACAGCAAACAUGUGGAAGAAGGAGCUUUCAGAUUAGACAAAAAAAUAAAAUAAAAUUUAUAGCCAAAAAGCAU